AUAUACACGUAAGCACAUUUUUGAAGCGCAAGAGACACAGCUGUCAUACUUGUAUGUUUACUUUUAACGCAGUAUAGGCUAUAAUGAUGAUGAAAGUUUUCUAUGCAUGUAUCUGUUAGCCAUGGCUAGUCCUAACAGCCCUAAUACAAGUGAAUUGAGUGGUUUCCUCCGCAAGUUUGAGAGAAGCUUAGAAGAUGACCAGAUAAGCAGUCUUGCUAUGGUUCUGCCCGUAAAGGGUACCCCUACAAGGGCUAACAUGCUAGCGAAGCUUGAAGAAACUCUAAAAAUGACCGAGGAAAGUUUGGAUGACCUCAUUAAAAUGCUUGAGAGGAUCAAUAUUGGCAUUGACCACAUACAAAAAGUUUCUGAGUUUAAAAUGCGGCAUUUCUGGAGUGAGUCGUCUAAUUACACUUCUACCUUAGGGUGGGUGAAAGAACCAAUUAGCUGUAAAUCACAUCAAGCAUCACCCAUACAAUCAACUUCUCAUGAAGGCGAAAGUAACCAGCCUCCGCCAGCAAAACGUCCAAAACUUGGUACUUCUUUACAACGUGAUGACAGCCCGGAUGAAAAUGAAGAUGAAGAUGAAAUAGAAGCUACACUGGCAAUCGGAAAUGACAAAAAGUGUUUGGAGCGAGCUCUUGAGGUAGCCAAGAAGAGCAAUGACCCAGAAACUAAGGUUGGAGCAAUUCUGGUAAAUGCUCACGGAGAGAUUGUUGGUGAAGGUUACAACGACCUACCAAAGAAAGGGUUGCCUUGGAAUAGCAAAGCAAAAAAUCGAUGGCAGACAAAAACACCUUAUGUCACACAUGCAGCAGUUGAAGCUAUAGAUGAUGCUCGGAAGAAGCAUAAUCCAACAAAGGACUCCAUUCUCUACACCACUUCCUACCCAUCCGCCAGGGAUGGUGUGAGGAUAUACCGUGCAGGAAUUAAGGAGGUGGUCUACAUGAAGAAGCACAAGAAGUGGAAAACUAUGUAUGAUACAAAGGCAACUGAGAUACUAUUUGAAGGAGAAAUUAUUACCAGGAAACUUCACUUGUGAGAGCCCUGGCACAUCUCAUUGAUUAUUACCAGGCACUCCUGUUAUUACGAUGAUCACUGUUAUAUAGAUGUUAAUUAAUAGCUAUAUAUACACUGUACUAAGAUAUAAUUAUAGAGUUGCAAUUGAAUGGAAA